UUUUUUUGUGUGUGGGUUCAAAUCAGUUAAAGUCAUGAACAGCGAUCUGGAUCGAGCACAAAGCAUGCUGAGGGCAAUCCCGCUCAUGUCUAAGGAGAUCGACGAUACCAUUUGUGAAAAAGUUUUAUCGUUCCUAGACAGUGUCAUUGCAAGGGGCUACACGGAACAGUUUGAUUCCUGGCAGAUUCUUGACAUAUUAAACCAGGCAUGCGAGAAAGCAGGUCAAGACUAUCGCGUGAACACGUUAUGCUAUCGAUUGCUAGGCAGUCUAAUCUCCCACGGAAAGCAGCAAGGAGAUCGCAUGUUUGCCAAAACUUUGGACCAGUACCCACAACUUCUUAAACGUUUAUGUGCUGAUGUCAGAUCCAACGAGCCAGCCGUCCGUUGCGCCAGUCUAGAAGCCUUUAGAAAAUUUCUGAAAUCACCUUGCGGAGCUCAAUGGAUACUUAAUAAUGAUGAAGCAAAACUGGGGAUAUCCCGUGGAUUUAUGGACGAUAGUGCCUACGUAUCCUCAGAAAGCUGCAAAAUCUUUGAGCAAUUAGUCAGCCUUGGUGAAGAUAACCAGAAGCUUCGGACGCUUUGUCAGAUCCUGAAUCCAGCGCAGCAGGUCAGGUUGGUGUUACAAAAUCAGGACGAGCUUUCCACAGUGGUGCCAGCUUUGGAUUUCUGCUGGUAUAUGGCCAAUGCACGUACCUCUGCAACUUAUGCAUACAUGCUGAAUGAACGUCUUUUAUUGCCGCUAUUACAUGUGGUUAAUGUGGGUAAUCGAAUGGCUCGCACUCGCGCUAUUGAAAUCAUGUCCGUUAUUUUUACGUGGACUCCUAAUCCCUUAGCACUUUUGGUCGAUGGAGCUCAAGGAAGCGAUGACAAAUCACACAAUAUCAAGCUAGCAUAUGACUAUAUCGUUGCCGAAGCUUCCAAAAUGAUUUCCAAUCCAUCCAAAUCGGACCAAAUACUUGCUGCUAUUUCAUUGUUAGAAUCGUCUGUGAUUUUACUCCAGCGAUUUGCCACGUCCGAUAAUCCAGAAAUCGAUGCUUUACAAGCUGACCUGCUGACGAUCCUUAAUGUCUGCGUUAAUCAUGGCACUGAGCUUGGCAGAAAGUUACGAGUUCUAGCAGGAUCUGAAUAUCGUCUAUCGCAUUUGAUAAAGUCAAUGGCUCAAGCUGUGUUGAGGGCUAUGGACUCUUUGUUUAUCGCGCUUCCUGCAUGCAAUAUGGAUGCAUCACUGGAAAAAUUGUUUAAAGUGCUUUCAAAACAAGAUCUAUCCUCGGAACCACUUGUUCUCAAAGCCACAUUGAAAGUAAUUCUUACUAUGCUACACAGUUUUGCAAACAAAGCCGAAACCGAUGUGAUCCAAGCUACUAUGAAACUGUCAGCGCGCAAGAUGCUGGAUAUAUUGGACUCAUCAAGUAGCAUGGAUGGUCGAAGUGUAUCACUUAUUUUGGAGACAUUUGAAGAGCUACUGAGCCACGAAAAGCUGAGCAUUGUCAUCGUAGGAAAGGAUAUUGCCGAGCCGCUGAUAAGCAUGCUGAAUCUAAAGCUCUUGGAAACUGAAUGGGAUAUUCGCGACGCAGUCAUCGGGUUCAUAGGCUCUCUUUUUAAGCAGCCAACGUCAGAUGUUAAAGUAUCAUUUGCCUUGGAUCAUGGAUUGCCUUUACUUGUCUUUGAUAUGAUCACAGACAGGGAACCUUACGUACGCGCAACUGCUUUGGAUGCAUUACAGAAUCUUAUGCAAAGUAAAGACGGAUGGAUGUUCAUCCAAAGAAAUCAACACACUCGUCGAAUAGCCAGCGAACUACCAGGAAUGCUCUACGACACCGAGGCCUUUGUAAGACGAGCAGCGCUGGACGCUAUUCUAUGCUUGGUAGCAAACAGGUCGUGUGAAGGAAUGGUUAUUGAGUCAAUGGCCUCUUCUGAUCGAAAGUCGUUAAAUCCGGUAGUAGUGGCAGCACGAAUGGAUGAUUCUGACUCGUCAGUAACAAUACGGAUGUGUCGGCUCUUUUAUGGUUUAUGGUUGCUUCAUCUGCAUGAAAGCGAGCAGCAUAAGCGCACGAGACUCGAUCGUCACAAACCAGAAAGCAGCGAAGCUGAGUAUCAAUCCAUCUUCUAUAUGCUUCAGGGUGAUUAUUGGAUCAUUGAGGCGACCACCUCAACGGCACGACGGGUUCGUGCAGAAGCGUAUGAUAUCAUUCGACGGAUAUUGGAUGAGAACCAGAGCGCCUACGCGCCGAUCCAAAGAAAUGACAAAAAACGGACCAUCCAAGAAGAUGCUGACAAAGACACUCUGUUUCUGGAAAAACUUUCAAACAUCGAUCUGGAGAAGCUCAAAAUAACAAGCAAUCCAGAGCACUUGUACCAAGAAGCAUUGGAUAUCAAUGCAGAGAUGAUGAUGCAUUCUCUGGAGCCCAACCAUCCCGAUGAUGAUCGUAAUAUCCUGGAUUGCUACAAUUAAUUCUACCUGCAGAAAAAAGCCCUCUUCCCGCCGCCAUCCAUGCAUCUCCACACAUCCUAUCAAAACAUUCAUGCAAGCUUUCUUUUUG